UACGCUUUGAUAAAGCUCGCGUACUGUUAUUACAAAAGUGUACAAAACGGCACACGUGACUGGUAGUGCAUGUUUGAAUUUACAGAAUUUCGAAAGUAUAAGUAAAUGCGGAAACAAUAACAGUUUGUUAAAUUGCGUUCGUAAAAGGAGACCGAUCCAUUCCACACGACGCAACUUGUGCAAACAAACGAAAUUAAUAGUGUAUAUUCGUUCUCGUAAAAAAAAUUUAAUUACCUUGCCUAAAAGCGUAUUAUAAGAGUUUUGAUGAAUUAUAUCGGCGAAAGAACAGGUUAAUCGUAUAGUCGUGGCUAGUUUUCUGGAAUUCGCUUCCCGUUAGCGCGAACGUUCGACGCAAAGUAGCCUGGAAUUUGAUUCGCUUCGUGGCGGAGCACAGGUUGGAGCAGUUGAAGAAGGCAACAGACAGAAUACAAAAGGAGAUCGAAGAGGUCACGGAGAGAGAGCACGAGCUCAGAAACGUGGGUAGCAUUAAAACCACGUCCCACGAGACGGUGGAUUCCAAGGUACGACGUAUGCCACAGGCUUUGGUCUCAGGAAAAUUGAAGAGAACAACAUCUACUCCACAAAUUCUAGAAGCUAUCAGCUUAACACCAUCUACACCACCCUUAACGCCAAAGAUGACAAAUGGAGUGAUAUCUAGUCGCACCACUCCAACACCUUUGCGUUUCGCAACGGCACCUAGUCAAAAAGGGCUGAUGCAUAGGUUUCUGGCAACUCGUGGAAAAAUUUAUAAACCAAAAUCUAUAGAUAAUGAUACGUUAACACCACCUUCAUCACCCAGUAUCACACUUAAUCCAUUGAGUAUUAAGGCUUUUAAUAGGAAUUUGGAAAUUCAACUUGAACCAGAUAAUGAACCUAAAAAACCUCCUAUUAGAAAAGGAUAUGUGCCUGUAGAAGAAAAAAUUCAAAAAGAAUUACAUGAAAUGAAAGAACGGGAAAAUGAGCUUAGAUUAAUGCGAUCACAAAUGUUAGCUAAAUCUCAACCAAAUCUUUUGGACAUUGGAAAUGAUAACGAUUCCGAUAUUUAUGAUGGCUCAAACUCAUUAAGAAGCGGUACCUCAACAAAUACUUUAAAUGAAGAUGAAAUAGAAAAAGAAACUAAAGGAAAACACAAGCCUAAUCCACGACGUCGAAGCACUCUCAUCGCGCAAUGGGAAAAUUUGAUAGCUGCAAAAAAGGAAUCUAAUGACAAUAACAACGAGAAUGAUUUAAAUUUCUGAAAAACUGGAUUAUUUUGUAAAAAAUAAAUUAUCAAUGUUA